UGGCAUUUGCUGAAUAUAGUGUAGAUUUAAGCGCUAGAUCAUGACUCAGUACGUACACUCUAUGUAUUGAUGAAUUGGAAAAUUAAGAAGGUAGUUAUGUUUUGAAAUUGGUGCUUUGGAGACUGUGUCUACACUAAGACUCUAUAGACUCUUGGAAAUAUAUGAAAACGGAUUAGAAGUGAAGUUAAUCUGCUAUAAACAGUUUAACAUCUAUAGUAAAAUGUAUUGUUAAAUAUACUUAAUAGACACGUAAUUCAUGAACAUUUGGAUUUGACACAGUGAGAAUUGGACUUGAUAUUUCGUAUAACAUUAACAAGUAUAAAAUCCACAUAACUAGAAUUCAACCAUGGCAGAAUCGGAAGACUUCAGAGCAUGGUGUCAAACACAAGGCCUAACUGAGAACACAGUACAAAUGUUGCUGGAUCAUGGCUUUACAAAUCAAGAUACGCUCAGGCUUGUUACACAGCCUAUUAUUGAUGCAGAGUUAGAGAUGGAGAAUCUUGGCCAGCGCUUACUGCUGAAAGAGGCCAUCCACAAACUUUGGUUGACUUCAUCAAGUGCUAAUUCUAUCCCUGGCCCUGCUUCAUAUAUGGCACCCCCAGCAUAUGAUACACUCACACAUGGAGACCCCCCUCCAGCACCUGGGGAAUUAUUUCCAUUGGAGACAUUGUACUCAUCAAAUACCCGACUUCCUCCACUACAGGAUGUGCAUCCUCCACCGAAAAGCAUGACUUUUCCAUCAGCGCAAUCAAUCUCUACAGUAGAUCUACCAACUGGUACAUCGACACAACCAGGACAAUCGGCUACUUCACAAGCACAAUCAAAUGCUCUAAAAACUUCUGCAAAAAAAAUUCCUGCACCGAAGAAUGCUGCCAAAGUAGAACAUGCUACUGUACCCAUAGAUGCUAAGAUUGUCGUCGCAACAGAAAAACACCCAGAAAAACAACCAAAAAAGAAAACAGAUGUGGCAGAAGCGGACACUCCCAAAGCGCAAUCAGCUGCUAAAGAGAAAACAGCUGCACCUAAGAUGGCUGCAAAAGCUCCUGUUUCUAAAGAUGACAAGAUUGUUGUUACCAUGGAACAAGACCCACCUAAAGAAUCAGGCAAGAAAACAAAUGCACAAGCAGACACUCCCAAAGCACAAACAGCAGCUAAAAAGACAACAGCUUCACCCAAAAAGGCUGCCAAAGUAGGACAAGCUCCUGUCUGCGAAGAUGACAAGAUUGUUAUAGCCACUGAACAACCAAAAAAGAAAGCAAAAUUUUCUUAUACUAACCCAUACGGCAAAGCAAUGAUCGAUUUAACUUGGUUAGCAAUUUGGUUUUGUUUUCCUUUGCUUGGUAUAAGUAUAGCAUCAGCCUUUAACAAUACUUCAACAUGGAAGUAUUUUACGGGAUUAUGGGUCUUUAUUAUCAUCGCAAUAGCUGUGUUUUAUGGGGACAAAAUUAAGAAAUUACCAGCAGGAAAUUCAGUUACUGAGACUUUCUUUAUAGUUAUGAGUGUAUUGCUUCAUUUGGCACUUGUAGCUUGCUUGGUAACCAUGGCAACCUCAGCUUACGGAAUGUACAUUGACAGGGAAAUACAUGUCAAUGGCACAUCAUGUGAUGAUAAACUUCUAAAGACGUUAAACUUAACAUGUGACCAUAAUGCAACAAGUAACGAGACAUAUACCGGGCCUAAUGUCAUAGGCUGGAACGACCAACAGUUCUUCCAAACUGGUAACAUAGCACUUGCAUAUAUUGUAUUUGUUAUAGUUGUGUGGGCGUUAUAUGCCAGACGUGACUUCAUCAACGAAUUACCACCAAUCACGUUUAAAAAUGACACGGAGAAAGGAUUCCUCAAAACAAGUUUCAUGUUUAAACUUACACCAAUAUCUUUCCCAUUCUUAUCUAUAGUUGAAGUGGUAUUCAAGACAACGAUGUGGCAACUUUUCCUCCCUCUGAUAUCUGGUUGUAUUCUCCUUAUCACAGGAUUUCAUGCACACAAGUUACAUUUUCUACCAAAGGGUGACAAGAAAAAGAAGCGUUAUAAAGUCCAACUAAUUUUAUUAACUGUUUCAAUGGUUGUGGUCCUAGCGAUGGUUAGUGUCCACGGCGCUGGCAUUUAUCUGGAUAAUGAGAUACAUGAAUAUGGAGUUUCUUGUGAUGAGGUCUACAUAAAAUACUUUAAUUACACUUGUGAAGUUGAAAAGUCUGCAGGUGAGACUGGGCAUACAACACAUGCUUAUCUUAAUACAGGAGAACUGAAUUACAAACAGGGCAUCCAUUUGGGUAUUGUAGUCUUAGGAGUAUUUCAUGUGAUUUUUCUGUUUAUAGCAAUUAAUUCAGGUUCUGUGUUUAUGGUACAAAAUGAUCUCAAAUGCUGCUAGAAUAGAAGAUAAGCAGGCCCAUAGCCAGUGAGAAACUGCCUGAUUUUGAAAGAAUUUUUGAUAAGGGGGGGGGGGGGAGGGUGAGCACCUCUACACUCCCUUGGGUAAAGAAUGUAAAAAGGAGAGCGGUUGGUUUUGACAAAAAAUGCUUAUAAAUCAUUUUCAGUGGAAACAAGGCAUUAACAAGACAUAAUGCCAUCAGGUUUUAAUUGUACAAAAUAUGCUGUUAUUAUAUUGUGUUUUAACUGUUAUUAUAUUUUGUGACAAGAAAAUACCAUUAUAUAAUAACAUCAAGUUUUAAUUGUACAAAAUAUACUGUUAUUAUAUUGUGUUUUAACUGUUAUUAUAUUUUGUGACAAGAAAAUACCAUUAUAUAAUAACAUCAAGUUUUAAUUGUACACAAUAUGCUGUUAUUAUAUUGUGUUAUAAUUGUUAUUAUAUUCUGAGACAAUGUAUCAAUAUGACAUUAGGUUUUAAUUAUACAAAAUAUUCUGUUACUUUAUCAUGUUAUAACUGUUAUUAGACUC